AUGGUCAAAUUCUUCGAAUCAUCUUACUCUUACGAUUACUCUUUCCCUGCUGUUACAUUCGCCUACUUUCUGCGUUACCCAAAUCCACAUAGCACACAUGUGCUCUCCACCGAUGUGAUAUCGCGCACCGUGUGUCCCGAAACAGGUCGUCUGCGUACCUUGCGCAUCCAUCGCAAAUCCACUCGUCUACCAUCCGCAGUCCUCAAGCUCCUGCCCAAAAGCGUACUUGGCAAUGUGAGAAGCGAUAGAAGCGAAUCAUAUAUUCUAGAAACUUCGGAAGUGGACAUUAAAGAAGGAUGGAUGAAGACAGAGAGUAGAAACCUGGAUUGGACGGGUAUUUUGAGUGUAGUGGAAAGACAAGAUUUUCACAGAGCAGCAGAUAAGGAAGUGCGCGAGGAAGAAUUUAUGCAAGGCUCGGGAAUGACGGGUGUGAAGACGCAGGUUAUGUUUCGCAGUCGACUUGGUGAUCGGUUGAGGGCGAUGAGGAAGGGAGAAGAAGGCGAGGAAGAGAAGAAGGGAUGGUUGGCGAAUUGGAGUACCAAGGGAGUGCAAAGAAGUAUCGAGGCCAUUGCUAGUAGGAAGACAGAAAAUCAAUUGGGGAAGAGUAAGGAGGGAAUGAUGGUUGUGUUGGAGAGGAUGCGAAAUGGUGGGUUAGUGGGGGUAUUGGAUGGGAUGAGGCGGGAUAGGGAAUUAAUGUUUGCGGGCAUGGAGCGAAAAUUUUGA